CCUACUCUCUUCACAAUCCAAACCCAUGACGACCAGGUUCUUAGCGAUCGUCUUCGGCCUGGCCGCGCUGCUGCUCGGCUCCUCCGGCGGUGUGGUGGCCAUCAUCAGCGCCUCCCUGUUCGACCAGAUGCUGAAGCAUCGCAACGACGCUGCCUGCCCAGCCAGCGGGUUCUACACCUACAACGCCUUCGUGACCGCCGCCAACUCCUUCCCCGGAUUCGGAACGACCGGCGACGCCGCCACCCAGAACCGGGAGGUCGCUGCCUUCCUGGCUCAGACUUCUCACGAGACAACUGGUGGCUGGCCCAGCGCACCCGACGGCCCAUAUGCAUGGGGCUACUGCUUCAUCCGAGAACGAGAUCCUCCUUCGGACUACUGCUCCGCCGACGCGCAAUGGCCGUGCGCCGCCGGACAGAGUUACUACGGCCGCGGCCCGAUCCAACUCACCCACAAUUACAAUUACGGCCCAGCUGGGAGUGCCAUCGGUUCGAACCUCCUGAGUAAUCCGGACUUGGUCGCUACGGACGGAGUUAUAUCCUUCAAAACGGCCAUUUGGUUCUGGAUGACACCGCAGGGGAACAAACCCUCGUCCCACGACGUGAUCACCGGACGAUGGACGCCCUCCGAUGCCGAUCGAGCGGCUGGAAGACUUCCAGGGUACGGGGUCAUCACCAACAUCAUCAAUGGAGGGAUCGAGUGCGGCAAAGGUUCGAACGCUCAGGUCGCGGAUCGGAUUGGAUUCUACAAGAGAUACUGUGACUUGCUGGGGUUGAACUAUGGCGAUAAUUUGGACUGCUACAACCAAAGACCGUUUAACGCUUAGUUUAAUACGAAAUGAUGAUAUAUCAUAAUGAAUAAAUCGGUUGCUUCGAUAUAUAUGCUGUAAUGACACUAGCUAGCUAGUGUUCUAAUAAAGACUUGAUAAAGUUGGAGAUGUUUGAAAAGCUUCACUUUUUAAAAUUAUCAGAUUUAUGUUUA